GAGGCAGCCGCGGCACUCAAUUGGCAGGUCUGAGAAUCCUCGAGGCAUAUCGCCCGAGAUCAUGCUCAACAAGCCUUAAUUUUUUUGUCGUCUCUUCUGUUGUCACAAAUAUUCGUGUUGCUUUGCAUUUGGGAUGAGGCUAAUGUAAUUGCCGGAUUGCAAGGAGAGUCCGAGGACGCAGAAGGACCAGAGCCAUCGGCAAGGCUGUGACUCUGCCAGCCUACUGAACCUGAUUAUAUAUCGAGGAGGGGCCUCUCUGGGGCCUAUAUCCACCUACAAGCCCUCGUGUCAUGAUGGGCGAAUUCCACGAGGCCGUCUUCGCUCUGCUUCAAGCUUUUGGCCAUGGGUUAGACAUCAUCAAAAGCCAACGAGGCAAGCGGAAAAGGGAGCAGUUGCCGAUUGAGCCAACGAAGAAAAAUGCAGAAAGCCAUCUCAACAAGUCCUUGAAGAAGAACAGAAUUGCUGUAAAGGAAGCUUACGGGCGAAAUCUCGCCCGUCAUGGGCCUGAGUUUGCAGUUGGGGAUGUCGAAGCACACUCAUCGCUAUCUUCGAUCCUCUUCCGUCUCAAUGCUGGUUUCGUUUCCGUUAUUGAGCGCUUUACCAGAGGACGCAGCACCUCCACGGACUAUCAAGCGCUUCUCAAUCUGUCCAAUGCCUCUCGAAUGGAGGCAAUCAACACUUUUGAGCAGCUAUCCCAUAGACGUUCGCGCUCCUUAGCUCUAAUACCUUCUGGGACCGAGGGGCCUCUAGCCAAGCAUCGAACACAUCAGCGAAGAAGGAAGACCUCGUCGUCGACGACUGGACAUUCAAAGCACUCGCGUUCGAAAAGUGCUCCCGACCUUUCACUGACGCCCCUUGGACCGGCAAACACGGACGGUUGGGUGCGUCCAAAGUCUGGAAGAAAGCUGUCCUCCGAUUCAAAAUUCUCCGGAACCUCUGGCCCCUCUACUCCGCGUCGUUCAUCACCAAAAACUCAUUCCCCCAAACCAUUAACCUCCACACAGCGAACAUCGCCACCGAGCUCUGGAAGAGUGACCACGCAAUCGCGGAGGACGCCCGUUGGCCAUGCUAAGAUAGACAAUAGAAACUCCAUCAGGUCUUUCGCGACUGACAGCACGAAGUUGGGUGAGAUUCCAGAGCACAAAUGGGCUCGGCCGGCCAUGCUUGACUCGGGCCAAUUUCCGAUCAAAAGGUAUUAUCCCUUGGAACCCUACCAAGAGCCGGAGAAGCAGAGGUCCAGAUUCAUGCGUUUCUUUAGGAGAGGGGUUGACUAGGGGGGUGAGGUCACAUCCCUAUGGUAUGAUUAUUGAUAGACGGGUGUUUGGGGAAUGAAAUGGGACAUUGAAACUUACAACAAUAUCACAAGAUUGAUGGCUUAUGACACUCGAAUUCAAAUUACAGCAUCCAAGCCGUACCACAGUUUU